GCUAUGGGCCACUUAGGAAACUUCUCAUUGGUCAUUUUUUUGUAUACAGACUAGUUGCGGUUGUUGUGAAAGUGAAUUGACGUUGAUAAUGGCGUUAAACGAGGCUAAACUAUUGUAACUUUGAAUAUGUUGUGAGUGCGAUAUCCACCAAAUAGCGUCGUGGAGGUGACUCAUCUGAGAGGGUCCUGUUUCUCCUGUCCGUGAUUAACUUGUUUUGUUAUUUUAUUAAUUGGAAGUAGAAAAAUCAGCCAGAGAAAUGUUCGGGAAACUCUCUAUUUACACGACAGCCGGUCAUUGAAAAGAAUUCACGUUUUUAAGACAAAUAUGUUCAACUAUACUUUAUCAUAUUUUCUGUGAAUUGUAAUGACCAUUCGAAAACUGAGAGGAAAAACGUUUAUUAUUUGUGAUUGUGGAUGUUCACUAGGAGUUGCAUAAGAUGAGUGAAAAUAUGGCUACAUUCUCAUCCAUAAAAGAGGAACUUGAGUAUUUCAGGAACUUGGCUUCGGAGUAUAAAAAAAAAUGGCAAGACAGUGUGCAAGAAUUAGAAGAAUUCCAGGAGAGUAGUAGAGAGUUGGAGGCUGAACUAGAAGCCCAGCUCGAGCAGCUGGAAAUGCAGAGUAAGGAGUUACGAGCCAUGAAUACACACCUACAGAUGGAAUAUGAGAAUCUGAAAGAGAGACUAGAGAUAAGUCACCUGGAAGGACAUAGACAGAUCAGUAGUCUUGAACACGAACUGUCAACUCUUAAAGCUGAGAAAGAAGAGUUUCUCAAGUAUAUCCGAGAACUUGAGCAAUCUAACGAUGACCUGGAACGAGGGAAACG